CAGGCCGCGUUACGGAGAAUCGACGUGGCAGCUUCACCCCACCUCCACCUUCCCCCGACGAGGUGGUGGUGGUGGAGAUGGCGCUGCUGGGGCUGCGCUCGUCCACCCUCUGCAUCGCUCUCAUCGCGCUCGUCACCGUCGCUCUCCUCUACCGCCUGCUCGCCGCCCUGGGCACCCCGGGGGGCGGCCCCCCGCUCGCCUCGCCGCCCGCGGGACACCGCGAGCUCGACCUGCGCUCCGUGCUCAGCGUGGCGCUGCUGGCGGCCGAGCGCGGCGGGGCGCGCGUGGCCGCGGUGCGCGAGGCGAGCGGCGUGCACGCACGCAGCAAGGGCAAGACGCGGGAGGGCGCCGAGGAGCUCCUCACGCCCGGGGACCUCGCCUCGCACCGCGCCAUGACCGCGGCCUUCCACCACGCGCUGCCCGGCGUCAAGGUCAUCUCCGAGGAAACUGACAACACGGACGUGGAGGAUGCGGAAUGGGACGGCUCCAUCAACCACGAGGUCCUGGAGCGGAUCCCACACCCCCAGCCAGCUUUGCAGAAGGCCCUCACCGUGUGGCUGGACCCUCUGGACGCCACGCAGGAGUACACGGAUAACCUCGUGAAGUACGUGACCACGAUGGUGUGUGUGGCCAUCAACGGGAAGCCGGUUAUCGGAGUCAUCCACAAGCCGUUUCUCAAGCUGACCGUGUGGGGAUUUGUGGGCCGUGGGCACUCUGCCAAUGUGCAGCAGCGCCACGCAGGACACAGCCCCCACGAGUCUCCAGUGUUCAUCGUCUCUCGGUCCCACGCCGGCAACGUCGCUCGGCAGGCGCACGCCGCUUUUGGCAACAAGUCCGUGAUCGUCCCCGCUGGAGGCGCAGGGUACAAAGUGCUGUCCUUGCUUGACGUGACGGGGGACGACUCGGACAAGGCGGACGUGUACAUCCACACGACGCUCAUCAAGAAGUGGGACAUCUGCGCUGGCAAUGCCAUUUUGACUGCACUGGGUGGCCACAUGACCACACUGCGCGGAGAGGAAAUCGUGUACGAGGGCUCGCCCAAAAACGAGGGUGGCCUGCUGGCAAGUGCAACACUCGACCACACGCUGCUGCUGAAGAAGCUGUCUGUGCUGUAAUGGAGGUCCUUACUGCAGUGUCACGUGGACCCAGUAGGGGCGGCAGGCUACAGCACAGGCGGCAAGAAGGCCCUGGCUUCGAUUCCAAACCCGGGAGUCUUUCUCUUUGGGGUUUGUAUGUUCUCCCUCUGUUCUGCAUGGGUUUCCUCUGCGAUUUCUUGUUUUCUCCUAUAAGCUAAAAAAAAACACAGACACAGUGCUGAAAAAUGACCUGUAAAUGCCUCAUUUGGAAUUGGACGUAGCAACAUCGCGCUGCUUCUGCGAAAACGUGUCAGGACCCUCCUCAAGUGUAGUCUUGAGACUCAUUGAGGCCAUGCUGGAUAAACGUACGGGAUUAUAAAAAUGCACAACUCCUCUUAUCUGCAGGGAAAUGUCUAUGUAUGUAUGUUGGAACAUCUUUCGAAAUGUAAGUAGGCAACCUUUCUAUUUGGAAGUGCGAUGGGAGACCAAUAUUACAGAUCCUCUUAUCCACGCGGUUAUCCACAAUUUUAGUCCUCUUAUCCAUGGAGUAAACAUCUGCGCAAGUCCCCUUCUCAGCAAAAAUAUCACAGGUUAUUAGGACUUUCUCAAAUGCAGCAGUGGUGUUUGAGGCAUAAAGUGUUGGCAAAUGCAAUUUUUAUCAUGCGUAAUAGGAUGCUCUUCUGAAAAGACUUCUGGGGGAUAAGUCACGGAUAAUUGUAACAAUAUGGACCGUGGAUAAUAGGAGUUUUCACAUAUCCUAUAGCCUUCACGGAUACUAUGAUUUGUAGAGCAUAGGGCUGUGGAUAAGAAUAGUUCUGUAACAAUAAGUUCCAAAAACACAAAAUUAACAGACCAAUUAAAAAGUCCCUGGCAUUUUCAUGAACACUGCCGCAGCCAACAGACGUACAAUACUCGCGUUUCUUGUGCCGUCUUUUCGGAGCAGAGAGCAGCCAGUACAUUCAGAUUUAAUUGUAAUUUGAGAAUUAAUUUAAUCACGUGGUACUUUGAAAACGAUGGUGAACUGUAUAUGAGAUGUGUAUAUUGUUUAUAGCUCAAUAACUUCCAUUGGGUAACCAAAAUAUAUUUAAUUAGAAAGAAAACCUGAAACGAAAAAAUUAAUGCAUGUAUCGAUUUAGGGAAAUGUCACUCUGGGAAUCGGUUGUAAUGUGUUAUGUAUUUUUGCCAUUUAAAUUCUCUUGCGCCAAGUAAGUCGAUACAUAGGGGCUGUAAAAAUGUGUCCCUACACAAUAUAUACACACACACACUUGUACAUGCACGCACAUAACGAUGUAAGUACUGUACAAACCCUAGCUGUUAUACGAAGACUGUGAAUAUAUUCAGAGUCUACAAGGCACUUGUAUUAAAAUAGAAUUUGCACACAACGUUCAUUCACCAGAGUGCGAAAGACACGUUCAGACGUUCGGUCCACCCAGGUGUUUGGCAUUCUGAGGUUGGGAAUGGCGUUCUGCACCUUUUGGGCCUCGGACAUUGGUCAUUUUAGGCAUCGUCAGUGACUUGAGCUAAUUAUGACACCUCAAGGGUACCUCUGGAACUGAGCGGUUUUGUUAACGGGCUUUUUUCUUGGUUUAAAUAUUUGUGGUGACCCAAUGCUACUGAAAAUGCUAUGCUCCCAGAAGGGAUGUGUAUAUAAUGCUGUACGUUUAUUUUUGACGUGGGAACAGAUACGGGAUAGAUACUUAGGGUCUGCCUCUCUUUAUUUUCAUAUGAUUACAAGAUAAGUGGGGCUGAGUGCAGAUAUUUGAUUGGAUGUUUAUUGAGCUCGUGCGUCUGGCUAUAAACAUAUCACAUGUUAGGCUUUUCCAGAAUGGUAAAAUAGCCGUACAUUUAAGCAAACAUCAAAUGAUAAGCUUACACAUAAUUGGGAGUAAUUUGAACACCACUGCUUACUGUAAUAUUGACAACGGUUUCUUCAUUACAGCACCAUAGUGGUUAUUAAACACCGGGAGAGGUGGUCUUGGGUUUGGCCCUAGAAGAAACGUAUUGAUGUUCAUGUCAGUCCUGCAGUGAGUUUCCCGGCUAGAAUGAAAGUAUGCGGGUGAUUAUUUUGACUGAUAUGGUAGGGUCGUAUUGAACGCAGUGAAUUUUUUGAGCUGCUGGAACUUUAUAUCUUGAUAUGAGGUAGCGGAGCAGGCCGUGCCUAUUGCAGUGGGAGUGGUGCUGAGGGUUUGGCAGCAUGGACUGCUAGGAGAUAUUUUCUCUGCCGUCUUCCCCUCUUACCUGCGUUGGGUUUCCGAUCGCAGAUAUGCGUACUGAGGGUGAGACCGGUGCUGGGAGGGCAAAGAUAUGCUGUCCAUUACCGGUGCCAACGCAACAUUGUUUUAAACACUUAGUGCAUUAAAACCUGUACAACUCGAGUCCACGUGGGACACAGUCCUUAGUGUUUGAUGUGCUCUCUCCUGGCAUCAAGGUUUAAAGCGUGUCGAUACGUCACACCUUCGUGUAAAAUUAAGGACACGUUUACUCGCUGCUCGUGAACCCAAACGUGUGAUCCCAUUUGAACAUCGGAAUCUACAUUUUUAUACUGGAGGAAUCCGAUAAGCUAUAAAGCUCUUAUUUUACAGAUGUCCAGUAGGGGCGGGCAAGAACGUCACAAUAAUAAACAUACAAAAACACGAUAGUGCAAAGUACAAGAAAGAUAAAUAAAUCACCCAAACACUUACAAAUAAAACUAAACAAUCCCCCAUCCUAUCGGGCAAAGCCCACUGAGGUAUUAUACACCUUAUGGUUCAAAAGCGACCUGGCCACAAAUGAUAGCUCAGUAAAGUGGCUUAUCAUUUGGACAUUUAUAGCAUCAAAUUAAUCAAAAUAAUCUCAAUGCAUGUUUCUAACAUACAUGAGGAAUGGAGAAGAUGGUAGAGGUUUCGUUGUUCUUGAGACUGCACAGAUACUUUUUAAGUCUCGCCGCCAAGGUGAACAGCACAGUUUCUGUUACAUCUGAUAAUCAAAACAGCUCUAUAACGAUUGUGGCUUUCAGCUUAACGCGGUCUGCUCGAGAUGUCUCCCAGAUGCUGUUCGUUGUCGUGCGCACGACUGAUGCGGCGAUCUUCACCGAGCGCGUCGACGGCAUCCGCAGCCUACUGUGGAGAACACAAUAAGAAGGCAUCCCCAUAUUGCCAGUGCCUUCUGCCACAGGGGGUGUCCUGCGCAGUUCUCUCCGACAUCGUUCAGCCGUCUAUUAUUUUCAGGCUCCUGUCCUGGUUGAUGGCAGAUUGACCUGCACCGAUCCCUCUCUCCUAGAAACUGAAGUCCCUAAACCCCCCGGGCGAUCCCCUCGUGAGGUUACCUUGGUUGAGCUGUUUCGAAUGUUUGGAAGAUGAAACGCUGUUGGUUUUUAAAAUAUUAAAAAGAAAUUGUUACGAUAAGGGAAUGUCGCAAUAUCAAAUUAUUUCAAGGUGUUACGUUUGUAUGUAAGGUGGGAUUUACGGGGAUCUGUGGGCUGGUUGUUUUUAUUCCCAUUUUGUAAUAUUCGGUGUGUUUACCAUAUUAAAGGUCAUACAAGUGGCUGUGACAUCUCCAUAUGA